CUUUCUCCCAUUACCCCUGUUUUCGCGAGACUGGUGUCUCGCUUGGUCGUUUUCCUCGUCUCCCGGUGCUGCGGCGGACUUCUGCUCCCUUCUCAGUCAGCUCCGGUUCGGCGACGCUUCCUUCCCGCCGCGUUCUUCUCCCUUCUUCUCGCCUUUUUCCUCCUCUGUCAACCGCGAAACCUGCUCUUUGAGCGCGCCGGUUCGAAGAUUUUCAGACACAGAGAAACAGGAGGCUCGCACUCCUCCGGAAAGUCCGUUUCCUCGACCGUCUGAAGUCCCCUGGAGUGUAUGUACACCUCACAAACGCGGGCUUCCCAGGAGUCGCCUGCCUGGGCUCUUUCGUCCGACUUCCUCCGCUGUUUCCUUCUCUCUUCGUUUCCUUCUCUCUUCGUUUCCGUCUGCUGUUGGUUCUCUUUCGCUCUGUCGCCUUCCAGUGGCGUCGAUUAUCGGCGAGUCUCUCCUUUUCAAACGCAUGCGGGAGACCACAAAGUUCGUUCGCAGAGAAGAUUUUCUGCGUGCAUUAAACGAAGAAGAACGUCCGACACAGAAAGGACGGAGCCGCAUAACUCAGCGCAUGAACUCCCAGACCGCAAGAAAUUAAAAAAGGCAAAGAAGGGAGAGAGGAGAUGACGGGCCGAGACGAAGGAGAGAGAUCUGUUCUCCCUCUCUGGAUACGUUAAACUCCUGUCGGAGGUCUUUCUAUUCGACCAGCCGACUCUGUUCAUGCGAAAGACAGAGCUAAGCGACUUCAUUGCCUUGUCACCUUUUUCCCGUCGUUUUAUGCUUCUCUUUCUCCCUUGUCUUCGGUUCAUGCGCGUCGUCUCCUUUUGUUUUCCGUCCCCGUCUCCCUUCUGUUCUUUGUGUCUUUUUUCUCUUUUUCAAGAUGGAGCGGUCUUCUCCGGGCGACGCUCCUUCUUCGUCGCAGCGCCAGGUUCCCUCGAGCGGGCAGCUCGAAGACCAUCUGCCUCCUCACCACCGCUCGGCUCGCCUCGAUCCCCGCACCCGUUUCUCCUCUCACCUGUCGCGUUCCACCUUCUUCCGCGCAGGUUCGCAUGGUCCAGAGCGACUUUUUUCAAACCUCUCUUCCUCUUCCGCAUCUUCGGGUGCCGCUUCUCCGUCUGAUGCGUCUCCGUCUGGUGCUUCUCCGUCUGUUGCUUCUCCGUCUGCUGCUUCGUUCUCGUCCGCUGUGUCUCCAUCUGCUGGUUCUCCAUCUGCUGCUUCUCCGUCUGCUGCUUCUCCGUCUGCUGCUUCGUUCUCGUCUUCUUCCUGGAGCGAGGCACCGACUGGAGACGCGAGAAGCAGACCCACACACAGGGGAGGCCGCGUCAGACGCUCCGGCAGAUUUUCAGGUGUCUGGCGAGGACGAGGCCGAGACGAGAGGCUGCAGCACCGGCGCCAGGGAGAGCGGGGAGAAGAAAAGGUGUGUGUCGUGUGUGGAGUUCGAGGAGAAGACGUCAAAUACAAGCUGCCCUGUUGCCGCUCUCUCUUUUGCUCUGCGGCAUGCUACCAAGAGCAUAAAAAGCGGUCUUGCGACGGCGGACCAAUCCUGGAACAAGCGGGAGAAAAAACGGAACACAGAGAGGCGGCAGGGAUGGACCGAACGCCGUCCGAGUGUCUCAACGGAGAAGACGAAGACAUGGAGGACGGCGCAGAGCGCGGAGAGACCGACAGAGAGGCCGGCGAAGACCGGCCCGGUGUAUGUACACUUGGCGCAGGGACUCGAGAGAAGAAGCGGAGACGGAGAGAGGAAGACUGUUCGGACGAAGAGCCUGAAGAAGGCGAGGAAGAAGAGGAAGGACUCGCGGCGAAGGUGAAAUGCCAGAGAAGACGAGAAGAAGACGACAUGGAAGGGAAUGAGAUGUCGCGGCGUUUCGGAGAAGGAGAAGAGCACGAGUUAUCAGGAGAAGAAAGGGCGCUGAACCGAUUCGAAGAAGGCGAGGAAGAACAAGAAGAAGACCUUGAAGAGAACGACGAGCUGUCUGUACAGCAGAAAGAAGCACUCCGCUCCAACGCGAAGCUGCGCGAAGUCUUUGAGAACAACGCGCGGCUGCGGGAGGCCUUCGCCGCUGUGGCUUCGUCAUCGGACCAGUCGGCGAGUCUGGCGAUGUUUCUGAACGACGCGACGUUCCAAGGCGUCUGCGACCAAGUCAUGGACAUCGUGCAGGGCGACGAGAACUAGAGAAACCGAGAGGAAGCUGCGCUGGUCCCUGGGGGCCUGCUCUCGACGGAAACAGGAAGAGAAAUCAGAGAGGCUGAACGGAGGGAGGAAACGGGAAGACGAGGACGAGAAGGAAAAGAAAGAGAAGAGGAAAGAGAAGAGGAAAGAGAAAAAGAAAGAGGAGCAAGAGGAGAAGAGAAUCUGCGAGUAGUCGCUGUAAUCCAUGUUAACCACCGUCUGUUUGGAGUUGGUCGCAGUGGUGUACCGCAGUGCACAGAAGCCGCAUUUUCAGUCGAGGCAGCGCAACGUUCUUCAGAAGAGGAGCGAAAGUAGGAAUUUGCAACGGCCGCAGAGCUGUGAGCGUUCAAAGAGUCUUUGAAAAGUUUUGCUUCGCUUUCGCUGCAACUUCCUCUGUGGCUGUACACACAGCCGGUUCCGCGCUCUGGGAUCAGAGCAGUGCGAAGAACAGGUUUCUUCUGUUUCUCACGUGGACCGGGACGUCAACUUCUUGGUAGAAAAACUCUUUUUUUCCAUCGAGGGGGCUUCCUUCCUUUCAACCAGUAUCGCUCCGAGAUCCAGAUAAAUUCAGCAAAGCAGUUCGUGCGUC